UCUCUGGAAGCUUGAGUGUGCCAAACAAAAAAAACUCAACCAGGAAGUGCCAUCUACAGCUGCACCAUGGGCACUGUGAUGAGUAGUCAGAAGAAGGGUCGGAAGGUGAGAGGCGUGGAUCAGAUAGAUAUGCCAGCAGAGUUGGAGAAAACAGCACCAGAUAGAGGGAAGACGGACCUAGAGGAGGAUCUUGCUUCUGCAGCAAAAGAGAAGUUUGAGAGGUGGAUGCAGGAGACUUCUGAAAAUAUGGAGUAUCUGCAGAGCAGCGAUGACUACGCUACAGAGGACUGCUUCAAGAUCUAUGAUAACCUUCGAAAGGCCAGUACCCUGAAACCAAAGUCUAAUCGAGUCUUGCUGGCAGAUCAUCUACUCUCUUUAGGAUUUGUGGAGAUAUUUCCCAGGAUGUGGAAUGACCUUAAUAGUUAUCAGAUGUAUAUUGAUGAACCUGUUACCAAAGCCAAACAAGCACUCACCAAUCUCAAGAGAAUGCUGGGGAGUUAUUGGAACUUUACAGAUUGUUCAGAUAAAGUCUGUACUGAAUUUGGUAAAUUGAAAUGCUUAGACUUAUUAAUUGAAGGGCUAAAGGAUCCUGAAUUGAGUGUUGAUCGUUUGAACGAUGAUGGAAAACGUUAUGUCGUUAAAGGAAUUCUGGGAAUCUUGCAUAACUGUUGUAGGAGAAAGUUCAAGAACUGUGCUCGUUGUUAUGGUGCCAUAGAAAACCUGCAGGAGUUAUCAACAUCAUCAUACCUUAUUGUUCGGGCAAAGGCUUUCAUAAUUCUUGCAUACGUUGCCAAGAAAUCCGAAGUAGAGAAGCUGCAAACGAACGAUGCAUGCAUGAAAUUCAUGCUGAAGAUGAUCGAAGAGGCUCUGACGUACAAGAAUCAUGUGACCAAAAAGUAUGGCUUCAGUGCCUGUGAAACCCUACAGGGCUUGAAUCAGUUAGCAAUCAAUGACGAGAACAAGAAAUUGAUUGUUGAGCUUGAUGGGUUGACAUUGAUUGGCAAGAUGCUGGCAGAGAAAUGCACAGAUGAAGAGAAAGAGACUGCAGCUGCUGCUAUUUGGCAACUGGCUUUUGUGGAUGAGAACAAGGAAAAGAUAAGACAGGAUCAGCAGAUAAUUAAGUCUCUAAUGUUCUUGAAGAACAGUGAGAACGCAGCCAUCAGGGAUGCAUGUACUGGUGCAUUAUGGGAGAUUUACGACACUAAGGUUCCUCUUGGUGUACACAAUGACAAAUCUGAGAGAUCCUUGUCAUCCUCUACCAUUUCCAUCAGUAGUGAGUCUCCACACAUCAUGAUCAGCUACCAAUGGGACAGUCAGCAGAGAAUGAUAGAAGUCAGGGAUCUACUACAAAAAGCUGGAUUCAACGUAUGGAUGGAUAUUGAUAAGAUGGCUGGAGACAUCUUGGGUGCGAUGGCUCAAGCCGUGGAGAGGUCUGCUCUUGUUCUGGUGUGUAUGACUCAGAAGUAUUUUGAGAGUCAUAAUGGGCGCACAGAAGCGACCUACGCCUACAAACUGAAGAAGCCCAUCAUUCCUCUGCAGUUGGAAGAAGGUUACGAGGGAGAAGGCUGGCUUGGUGCUUUGGUGGGGACCCUUCUGUAUUACAAGAUGUAUUCCAAUGAGGUCAUCCCAGGAUCAUUCCCGGCACUCAUCAAGGAGAUAGGAGACAGAGGGAAGGUGCCCAAGAAAGUAUCAGUCAGGCAAAAUGGAAUAGAACCGCAGAAAUCCAUGAUCACCACAUCACCUCCACCCCGCCCAGAGGCUCCUGUUCUUCCUGCCAAGUCUUACAGCAAGGGCUCUAUGAGUAGCAUCAUCUCCAAGUGGAGCAAGGAACAGGUCGGAGUGUGGCUGGAGUCCAACAACAUCCACAGACUGCAUUCUACCCUCAACAAUCUGAAUGGAGAACAGCUGGUCCAGAUGCGCAAACAGCUUGCCAGGGCUCCAGAGUUCUUUCAUAAGAACCUGAAGGAAGAGCUCAAGCUUGGGUUCAUCUCCAUCUUGUCUCUGACAGCUGCUCUUGAUAAACUGGCAAUCUGAAGAGGUGCUAGAUUCAAGAAUUGUAAGGUACCAAUAUGGUUUCAAUGAAGCGGAAAGAGUGGAGUCCACAGGGUAGGAACUUGCCGGUGGUCUUUGCUGAUGUGGACAGCGAGGCUGAUCGUAUCAAAAUUUCACCAAUACGGAAGCAAUGAGUUGGAUGUCAAGUUUAAGAGGGAGUGAAUUGGUUUCCAUGAAGCUAUGAUUGGACCAACAGUAAAGUGUGGUCACUUAAACCUGGUAGGAUUUGUAAGUUGGUUUUGUCAGUAUAGCCAGGAGGACUGGCCCUAUCAAAGUGUGGCAACAAAUGAUCUUACCAGCAAUCAGACUACUGUAUGGUCAUUUUGGAAAGAUUAGGAUAUCCAGGGAUUCUUGCCAUCAAAGUUUCAGUGUCCAAAUUGAGAGCACUUGAAGAGGGUCAUGCAAGGUUUUGGUAGGGACUGCUUUUGUGUCAGUAAAGCAGCAGUUGUACCAGUCAAUGUAUGGUAAUAUUUAGAGACUUGGAUUUGAUGUAGAUUGUUGCUUUGAGGUUGAAACAGGAUGGUCCGACCAAGGCAUGAAAUAUUGUGAGGGGUAUAAACAAGUAUAUUCUUGUUGAUAUAAAAAAGGUACAUAUAUUGCAUAAAAGUGUGUGUUAAAGUGAGAGGGGUUAGAACUCACUGUUUACUCUUCAAGCAAACCUUGAUCAGGUAGCCAAUUUGAUAUUGGAUUGAAGAUUCAGGCCAAUCUUCAAAAUGCUUUUACAAGUAUAUGUAAAAAUAAGAUGAUUUGGAGUUGGUGAAGAUGAAUGUGCAAUAGAUGAAAUACAUGCAUUAACUUGACUGUUCAAAAUGUUUAGUGUUCACUAUAUCUAUCAUUUUUUGUGAGACUCUUAAAAUGUGUGUCAUAUGGAUCACGUAAUGUCAACCACACCCGAUUACUUCCUGUUCUUGUGAUAUCAGUUUGAUUGAUAGGAACCUAUGAACCAUGCUUCAAUGAAUUGGCUGAAAUAUAAAUGAAAAAUGUCCAUGAUAUUCUGAGAUAUGGAAUGACUGGAGCCAUGUUCACACCAGUGAAGUUGGCAGAGUAUGUUAUUAGUCACUGAGGUUUACCAAGUUCUGGCCCUCAUGAUGAGGUACAUAUUCUCCAGGUCAUCAACAUCAAUAUCUGAUUCCAUCCCAAGGCCAUGCAUUAUAUCAUAAUACUUGUGCAAUUAAUGAAAAAGUAUGGCAAUUUUUAGGUCUGUGUUCAUGCAUUCAUGAUUUUAAUACCCAAUUAAAGUACCUUUUUACUUUGAAAACUCAUAGGAUCAUGUAUAGAUGCUGUGACGAGAACAUUAUUUUGAUUGCAAGCCAAUAUAGAAUUUGAAAGUGAAUUUAAUGAUUUCAUGCUACAGAAAAUCAUGUAUAUAUUCUUCUGACUGUAAAAUACAGUGCAUUAUCAUUUAUACCAAUUAUUAAGAACACAUACAAUUAUGCAAUGAACCAAAUAUAUAUAUGAGAUUGAAGGCUCGAGUUUCUAAUUUGAUACACAACCGGAAGAGUUCUAUUCUAUGCCUAUAUUUAGAAUUUCUGUAUGUGUAGCAGGUUUGCAAUUCUUUGAUUGACUUCAAAAAGAGGUAGAUGCAAUUUUCAUUUCUUUAUGAAGGAAAUAUGAAAACCAAUUGCAGAAUAUUUAAUAGCAUUUUAUCAAAGAAUGUAUACCAGAUGCAAUCAUGUAGUGAGCUGUGUCCAAUGUCUUUCUCUGAUAUGAAUUGAAUUGAAUGUGCAAUCAAACAUACAAAUCAACUGUAUGAUGAGUCGGUAAAGCUUCGUCUUACAGGCUCAAACCUCAUUGACUUUGGAGAAAGGAAUCUGUAUUAUGACCUUUUCAAGCUUGUUUUCAUGAACAUUUUCCUAUCACUUUUCACUGUUUAAAACCCUCUCAUAGGUAUGGAAAAUGCAAUUUCUUUUCUAUAUUUGAGCAAAACCAUCCCAUUUUCAGCAAGAAAUAUUAUUAUUACAAAAAUAUUUAUUUAUCUUUAGAUAACCUAUGAUCUGUUAUUUACUUUUCAUAUAAAAAUUUUCACACAGAGGUCUUAUCCUUAUGGUAUGAUUUUUAAAAGAAAUUCUCUGCGAUUAAUUAUGAAUUCAGAUUUUAAGUAGAAUUUACUUUUGAAGUGCUGGUACAUAUAUUACAUUUGGAUGGUAGAAUGAAAGUAGAGAAACCAAUUAUCAACAAGCCUUGUUGAUAUUUGCAAUGGACUUUAUAAUAUCUUGAUAUGAAACGUACUGUACAUAACAGGGCUCUGCCAGGGUUGCGUUCUGCCUCUUAGGCGGUCUCACAGAACCCAGUUCUGAUUUUCUACUCCUUCACCCUCUUCCAUCAUAUCAUUGGGACCCAUUUGCAUGGAAUCUCCUGUGAUAUCAAUUUCUUUUGUCUUCACUUUCCACUAGCAUCUCUGCUAUGUUGGUCGAGCAUUUUUUUCUCUGUUGCUUCCUUUGUUCUUUCUCGUCCAGCUCCUCCUGCCAGUAUCCUGAGGCCAGGUCCAGAGUGGAAAACCAUCUUGCGCCUCUAAAUGUAUCAAGCGAGUCAUUGAUAAGAGGGAUGACUUAUCUGGCAAUGCAAAAUCUCUCUGACCCCUCUUUUUUCUUCACAAGUACAACAUUUAAUGACCAAGGACUAUCAGAACGCUCUGUGCUGUCAUUGGCAAGCAUACCCUGGAUCGGACCGUCGAUCUCUUCUUGCUCCUUUGGUGGAAAUCUAUGGUACCUCCUUACUCCUUUUGGAGAGAUCUGUGUGAUGUUCAGGGACUGCAUGAUUAACAUCUGAUGGUAGAGCAUUGUCUGCCGAUUCCUCUAAAUAUGCCUUCCUAAUUGGCGAGAGAUGGCCUACCAGGGUACCUCUGUGUGGCCGCAAGUGCGUAUCCUACAUGACUUGGUUCCUGAGUUGAAAACUCAGAUGGGUACGGUUGUUUCUUUAGUCUCUACUACUACACGUGUAACCAAAAUCCCCUUGCAUAGCAGUUCACCAUUGUCCGAUGGUUUUAUGAUGGCGGGACCUGACCCAGUUGAUACCCCGGUAGUGUGAUAUGGAAGCACAGCUUUCUGACCAGGUGGUACCCUGGCACUUGUCCCCACUAUGACCCUGGAACAAAAUGCUACCCCUUGGCCAUCCGUGAGCACAUAUAAGCUAUACCUCAGGUGUGUAGGCUAAUUCGUAGGAUAACGUGUAGGCUAUCUGUAUAGGCUAUAUAACUAUGUCGCUAGGCUAUCUGUAUAGGCUAUAUAACUAUGUCGCUAUGCACAGGCUCUAGUAAUUGUGUGCAUAGGCUUGUCUCUUGUGUAUAGGCUAAUUCAUAGGCCAACUCGUACUAGGCUGAAGUUUAGCCUGAAGGCUAUGUUGCUAUACACCGGCUCUAACAAUAGAAUAUAUAUCAACUAUAAUUUAAAAAAAAAUCAAGGCCCGGCCUUCUACCGGCCAUGAGGUAGUUAUGUUACAAUACCUUGAAUUUUCAUUAUAUUUGAUUUACAUUCUAAAAUCUAGAUUUUAGUCUUAUUCUUAUAGUAGAUGCCUGUAAAGGCAUACUUAGUCAAUUAUAUGCAAUGAUAGAAAUCAUCAAUUGAGUAUAUCUCUACAUGAUUGUUACUCAUACCAGAGAA